GCUUGAAAUUCAUAAAAUCGUCUGAUCAGGUUGCCGACCAUGGAGGCUUACCCCCCGGAAGCCCCACUCAUGUCAGCGGCUGCCAGUAACGGCUCGCCUUCGGUGUCUAGCGACAGCCCGGGGACGGCGACCUCGUCAUCCACGCCUCUCUUUUCGGCGACCACUGAUGCCCGCCUGGCCCAGCCGGCGGCACCUCCUUCAGUCUCCGCGGCAUGUCUUGCCUGUCGAUCCAAACAUCUCAAGUGCGAUGGAAACACCCCCUGCUCCCGUUGCACGAGCUCCAACUCAGAGUGUCAAUAUGUCCCAUCUCGUCGUGGCUACAGGGGCCCGCGAAAGAACCCGACUGGAAACCCAGGGGGGAAUCCAAAUAAGCGGCAUGCAUCCGAGUCGCCCCCAUAUUCGGACUCGACAGAGAGCUGCCCCAUGAUGCUGGGCCAGACUCCUGUGACUAUCACUACUCCAGUCGUUCCCGGCUUCAACCCAGCCAUUGUCCUCCCGGACCAGUCCCCUAUCUCUUAUGCCAACCCGUCGCCCCUAAACAACGUCGGUCUGUUCAGAAACCCCUUCGUCCCAGCGAUAGAUCCCAACACCAUGGCCCUCACGACCGCUGCCCACGCUGUCACCCAUGCCCAGGUCCAGCCGCCGGUGCCAACUCUGGCGGACCGCUGCUUCGAUGCCUUCUAUCACUUCUUCCAUGCCUGCCACCCCUUUGUGCUGCCCAAGGGGGAAUUCCUGCGCAUGCAGAGGGAGGCCGCCGCCCCGAACCUCAACGUCGUUCUCGCGGCUAUACGGUACAUUGGCUCGCUGUUUGUGGAUGCCGGCCCGGCACGUGCAACUUACCUCGACGAGGCCAUCCGGCUAUGCUACCUGCCCGGCACACCAAAGGACGGCUACUUGAUCCAAGCGCUCCUGCUUCUCAUUCUGGGUCUAGACGGCAGCUGCGAUCAAGCAAGAGCUCGUGAGUUGCUGGCGGAUUGCGAGCGGCUUGCCCUCGAGAUCGAUCUCAACAAGCGCGAGUUCGCAAGCGUGCACGGUCACGGCAAUCCUGUGCUCGAGGAGAGCUGGCGGCGAACGUGGUGGGAUCUGUACGUCGUCGACGGCAUGAUCUCAGGCGUCCACCGGAUAACCAAGUUUUUGCUCUAUGAUAUUGAGGCCGAUGUAGGAUUGCCGUGCGAAGAGCAACAGUAUCUGUCAGGGAGAAUCCCCCCUGACACCAUGUACAUGGAGGACUUUGAUGACCGGGAAUUUUCGGGCGAAGAGCGGGAGUUCUCGUCGUUCACAUACCGCAUCGCUGCGAUCCGGAACAUGGGCAAGUUCAUGCGGAUGCCUAACGUCAUGUUCCCCGGCGACGAGACGGUCACGAGAGCCCAGGCGCUCCUAACCAACUGGAGGAUCCACCUUCCCGACUCCAAGAGGGAUGACCUAAACAGGAACUGCCAGCUGGAUGAGAUGAUGUUCCAGGCACACUUUAUCACGCAUGCCUGCACCAUCCUUCUCCACCAACCGCUUUCCCAACUGGACACGUCCCCCGCCAAAGCCGUCAACUCGUGCGCCCCUUACAGGCCAGUGUCUGGGGGCGACAACUUCAACGCGCACACGCACCACACCAUCACGGCGGCGUCCGAGAUCUCCAAGAUGAUUACGCAAGCGGUCGACGUGCUGCAGCACACGCACUUUUUCACGUGCGUCAUCACACUGAGCUCCAUCGUGCACCUGUCCAAGUGGGCGCUGUACUUUUUGGACAAUAACGAGGACGGCGAGCACCUGCGGCAGCAAAUCCGCCUAAACAUUGGUGCGCUCAACAAGCUGAGUAAAGUUUGGAAGUCGGCCAACACCGCCUGGGGCCAGGUGCGCGGCGUCGCGUCCGAGAUUUACCAGCAAAAGAAGGCGCACCAGAUCACGCCCGCCUUCUGGGUCCGUUUCACUCAGGAGCAGAUGAUCAACAGCAUCAAUGCCGACGAGGGUAUCAUGAGCGAAAGCAAUAUGAUCGACAUCGACGUUGAGCAAUCAGCCGCAGCCAAGGACCACUUCCGCAACACCACGGUGCACAACAUCUCCUGGGAGGGGAUCACCGUGACAGUGAAAGACCGCGAGACCAAGCAGCCCAAAAACCUCGUCCACAAUGUCAAUGGCAUGGUCGAAGCAGGCGAGAUUCUGGCACUAAUGGGUCCCUCCGGAAGCGGCAAGACAACACUCCUGAACUACCUAGCCAGCCGGCCCACAGCCAACGACAGCACCACGUCGGGAAAUCUGCUCAUCAACGGCGCGCCGCCCUCAGCAGGGGCGCUACGCAGGCUGGCGCGCUUCGUCGAGCAGGAGGACGCGCUGGUGGGCGCCCUCACGGCACGGGAGACACUGCACUUUGCCUCGCGCCUGGCCGGAGCGAGGGGAGACCACGGCGCCCGCAUCGACGAACUCCUCGACGCCUUUGGCCUCAGAGACCAAGCCGACACCCUGGUGGGAACCGCGCUUACGAAAAAGGGCCUCAGUGGGGGGCAGAAGAGACGGUUGGGUGUGGCUAGCCAGCUGAUUACACGGCCAAAGGUCCUGUUUUUGGAUGAGCCGACGAGUGGGCUGGAUUCGGUCGCCAGUUGGGAGGUGUUGAUCGUGAUUGCAUCGAUCCACCAGCCCAGCACGGCCACCUUCAACUUGUUCGACAAGCUGCUGCUUCUGUCACACGGCAAGAUGCACUACUUUGGGCCCGUGUCGGCUGUUGCGGAGCAUUAUGCGAAACUGGGCUGUCCGGUGCCACUCCACGUCAACCCGGCCGAGUUCCUGCUCGAGUUGGUCAACACCGACUUUGCCUCGGAGCGAGAGACGGCGCUGCAGCGUCUCGACGAGAUGCACCGUGCCUGGGACGGCUCGAGGAGAGCAAAGGAGCUCGCUGCCGCGGUGGCCUACACGGGACAAAAUGCGUCCAUGGCCGUUGAGUUCGAUGAGGUUGACCAGAAACCCGGCCUGCCCAGGGUGGUGCUAACGUUGCUGCACCGGAGCUUCAUCAAAAGCUACCGGGAUGUGGUCGUGUAUGGCGUCCGGCUGGCUAUGUACACAGGGCUUGCCAUCAUGAUGGGCACCGUCUGGCUGAGGCUGGAUGCCACGCAAGAAUCCAUCAUCCCCUUGACCAAUGCGAUCUUUUAUGGUUCUGCCUUCAUGUCCUUCAUGGCCUGCGCCUACUCCCCUGCCUACCUCGAGGAUUACCUGCAGUUCAUCAAGGAGAAGCGCAACGGUCUCUACGGCGCGACUGAGCUGAUCAUCUCCAACUUUCUCGUCGGCAUUCCCUACCUCUUCAUCUUUGCCCUCGUCUUCUCGUCCAUCUCCUACUGGCUCUCCAACUUCCAGCCCACCGCGCAAGCCUUCUUCACCUGGGUUCUGUGGGUGUACCUGGACCUGCUCGCGGCUGAGGGCCUGGUCGUGUUCCUGACCUCCAUCUUCCCGUCCUUUGUCAUCUCGCUCGCCUUGGUGGCCUUUGCCAACGGUCUGUGGAUGAGUGUCAACGGCUUCAUGGUACCCCCGACGGUGCUCAACGUGUUUUACAAAUACGUUUUUCACUAUUGGGACUAUCAGAAGUACGUGUUUGAGAACAUGAUGGUGAAUGAGUUCAGCCAAAGGGUAUAUAGCUGUGGGACCGGUUUUGAUGGAAGCUGUCAAUGCAUGUGGCAGACUGAUCUGGCGGAUCAGUGCCUUAUUCGCGGGCAGGGGGUGCUUGACCAGUAUGGAUACAAGCCGGGCUACAUGGGCAAGGAUAUAGGGAUUAUGAUGGGCAUUAUCUUCGGAUAUCGGAUUGCGGCUUGGAUUCAUCUAUCUAACCAAACCCCCAACUUAGACUCGGCAGCAAUCCACAUCCUGAACGGCCUCCUCUCUGACGGAAACUCCACCCUCCCCACGGCACGAACAGCAGCACAACAGCAUUACCACCAAAGGCAAAGGCAACGACAACAGCAACAAAAACAACAACAGCCACCAAAGCCCGCCCACGUCCCCCCACCAUCCCAGCUAGCCCUGCUCAGCACACUAAUAAUUCACCCGUCAUUCACCUCACGAGCCCCCGAAACAGGCCAUGUGCACGCCGCCUCGUACGCGUUAGGCUACCUACGAGGUCUCUUGAGCACGGUUGGGCCGGUGAACGCCAAUCUGCGAGAGGCAUUUUCGUUCGACAGAGGCGGCGGCGGCGGGAAACGGUCCAAUGCGUAUAAUUACACCGAUCCCCGUGGUCUCAGCAGCGGCGACAGCAGUGAUUCCGACAGCGUCAUGGGCGGGCAGUUUGCGCGGGACCAGAUCCUGUGGCGGCGGGCGCCCGAUUUCUGGGCCGUCCUCGGCUGGGCCUUCCGGUGCGCCGCCGAGUACCCGGCCCGGUGGAGGCACUGGCGGGUGUGGCUUGAGUAUGUGGUCUCGGCGGUCGAGGCGGAUUUUGACGAGCGCUUGGAGCGUGACAAGCAGUUUGCUCUGUCCUGGGGCGGGGGGAAGCGUAAGACGCCGUAUCCGAUGCUUCAGGGGGGGUUGUUGGCGGGGUAUUUGGAGGAUUUGAGGAGGGAGCGGAAGAAUUUGACGAGGGAGGUGAUGCGGGCCUUGUUUGCCUUCUCGGAUCAUGACUUCGCGCCGGAUAGGGCCGUGUUUCGGGAGGUGUUUGAUAAGGAGACCGUGGCGGUUAAGACGACACCUAAAAGGAAACGCGCGGAUACGGUGGUUGAUUUGGACAAGGAUAUGUACGGGGAUUAUCUUGACGACGGCGAUGAGUUCGAGUCAGAGGAAGGCGAAGACACGCCAAUGCCUGCGGUAACCCGGCCGCGGAGGAAGCCAGGGCAACGAAGACCCAGGGCGGAAGCCAGCCCGACCUUCCGCCUCACCGACGAGAUGGCCGAGACGGUGCCGUUCCGGCUGCGGCUAUUCCGCCUCCUCUCGGCAACCGCGUACUACAUGCCGGAGACUUUGAUGCCCGUCGACGAGCUUUACGAGACCUUUACCGACCACAUUCGGGGUCUCCCGCUGCCCAUGUUCCGGCUGUUUAUCGAGUCUCACACUGUCGUUCUACCGGAAUACGUCCGGGUUUCCCUACUACGGAUCGUCGUCGAGAACAUGCUGGCCCCACACCCUGAUCCUGCCAGUGUCGACCCGGAACACGACAUGGCGCAUGGGAUAACGGUGCCCGUGAUGAAAAAGUGUUUCCUGCCGUUCGCGGCCAACCGCGUCACGGCCGAGGACAACGCCAAGCUGUCACUUGCGCUCGAGAGCAUGUUAGGGUUCGUCUACUCCCUGACAGAUAUUGAGUACUCGGAGGGUCUGCGCGCGGCUGUCGAGAAGGGGAUAAAGGCGCGAGAGCAAAAGGUUAAGAGAAAGGCGGCGGCUUCGCUAAAAGGAGAUUCGCCGGAGAAGGUGGCGCUGGACGCACUUGCCAGGUCGUCCAGAAAUCUGAGAGCAAUGGUGGAGAUCAUCGCGAGU